GAACAGACAGUCAUUGUGCGAAAACAAACUCCUAAAACUUCAAGUUAUUUUUAGAUUUUUUCUUCUAGCACUACAUCUAAGGGCAUUUAAGGGCUGCGUGAUACAGUGAUAAUUCCACAGUAAACACAACAAGAUUAUGUUAACAGACAUUUUGCUGACAUAGAUGACACCAAUUGGUUUGUUUACAUUCAGUGAAACUGAAUUUUUGUAGUACAUAGGUCAUUAUUAGAUAAAAAGUAGUUUAAGAUAAAACAUAAUGUCUGUUGCUAUUAAUAAAAACAUGUUUACACCAAAUCUUAUAGUACUGAAGUUCCCGUUUUGUCUUCCUCACGCGUACACUGUUGCGGCCAGAAUAAAUUCGGACUGUACUGUGGAAAUAUAAUUGCGUUACGAAACUUUUUGUGUUAAAAGUUGCAAAAGUGAUUUAAAGUUUUAUUAGAAAAUUCAUAUAUAUCGUCACGGCCUCUAUAAAAGAGACCAGUAUGGAGGGGAAGUAUAUUUAUUUUAUUGCGUUCGUGGUGACGUGUAGUCACGAUAUGGGGCAAGCGCACAUUCUACCGUUCACACACUCGCACGACAAGGUCCCCAUGCAUGAAUGCAUCAAAGAACUCACCCGUAGCAUGAUCAACUUGUGUUCUAUAUACGGGGAUUAUUCUUCCGAGUUAUUACUUGACAAUGGCAUGUCUUUAAUACCCAGAGAAGUCACCAAUAGAAGCUGGGACAUCAGAGAGAAGGUGAUCAAGAACUGUUGUAUGCGACCAUGCUCCGCCUCCGAACUCCUAGCCAUAUGUUAAAAUAAACAUAAAUGAAUAAUAUUAUAUUAUAGUAGUAAUGGAUACCAAAGAUUAUACAAUAAAGUGCAUCCGAAAAUUAUGUGUUUUGUCGU